UCCCAUUGGAAACGUCAGGUGGCGCUCGCAUCGACCGCUUCCUUUUCCGUUUUUGCUCUGAUAGAGAAAUAAAAUGGUGCAGCGACUCACCUACCGACGACGUCUGUCGUACAACACGAAGAGCAAUCGGAGACGAGUGGUACGUACUCCAGGUGGUAAGCUCGUGUACCAGUACCUGAAGAAACCCAAGAAGAUACCAAGAUGUGGUCAGUGCAAAGACAAACUCAGGGGUAUCCAGCCAGCAAGGCCAAUGGAACGCUCUCGUAUGUGCAGACGUAAGAAGACUGUCAAGCGAGUCUACGGUGGUGUUCUCUGCCACAAAUGCGUCAAAGAGAGGAUUGUUCGUGCUUUCCUCAUCGAGGAGCAGAAAAUCGUGGUGAAGGUAAUGAGGGCGCAGCAAGCUUCCACAAAAGCGAAGAAGGUCGAGAAAUAACUUACCACAUUUUAAUUAAUUAAUAAAAAAAAUUGGAAAAAACAUA